AUGAUGCUGACGUCUAGACGCGCCGACGGCUCCCUUGGCUGCUGCAUCACGAUCGCGGGCGGUGGCACCGUGGCGGACAUGGUGCUUGUCGUCUUCAUCGUCGCGGUCUUGGUCUUGUCGGGUGACGCCAGAAUCACUGUCGACCGAAAGGCGCUCACAACCGACGCGGUUGCUUCGCCCGAACCGGAUACGAAGGAGGAUGCUUCGCUGUGCAUUGGAGAUACUUGCAAGCGUGCACUCGUUGGGGCCCCGUCUUUCUUCCUCGGACUGUUUCCCUGCAUAGCAUGGAUCAGAAGCUACAAGUUACGGACGUUCCUCGUGCCCGACUUCCUCGCUGGGCUUUCGGUAGCGGUGCUUCACGUGCCACAAGGCCUUGUGUCCGCAAUUAUAGCCGGAGUAGAUCCAGUUCUGGGUCUGUACAGUUCACUUUAUCCGGCAGCAAUCUACGCCAUCGUGGGAAGUUCGCCUUAUGUUUCUAUGGGCAUGUUUCCUGUUACAGCACUCAUGACGGGAGUGGUGGUCCAAAAAUACAAAAUAAACUCUGAAAACGUGACGGCCGCUAUUGACAGUGGAGACCAAUUCUACAAUGAACAAUCAAGUACUGGAGUGGCCAUUACACUUACAUUCUUGACUGGCCUUAUUCAGGUAGCCAUGUGGCUAUUUCAGGUGGACCGGGUGGCAGCCGUCAUAUCUCAGGUAAUGGCCGAGGGGUUUCUCACGGGCUGCGCAAUCAUGGUGAUUGUCAGCCAGCUACCAUCUGUCUUCGGAAGCGGUGCCAAAACUAGCAAGGAUCUUUUCGGCACUCCACUGACAAUAUACUACGUGGCGAUUAGUAUUCCAUACAGCAGCUUAGCCACGUCAUUGCUUUCAUUGGUCGCAUUUCUGGUUCUCAUCGUCUCGAAAGGAAUCAUUGCUCGCCAAAUGAGACGGUUCACAGCGGUGCCUUUGCCGUCGGACCUAAUUUUGGUCAUUAUUGCAACGGCGGUGUCUCACUUCCUCCAGCUCGACACCAAGCACAACGUAAAAGUGGUUGGGAAUAUUACUUCAGGGUUUCCUAAACCAACGCCACCACCUUUCGACCACUGGGUUUCGCUGAUUCCCGACGCAGCAGCCAUCUCCAUCGUACAGUUCGUGUCAGCAUUUUCAAUAGCUAAACUGUUCGGCCGGAAGCAGCGUCUCAAGGCGGAUGCAAGCCAGGAGAUACUUGCUUACGGAGUGAGCAGCCUAGUUGGUUCUUUUUUCAUGUGCAUACCCACAGGUUCGGCACUCGCCAGAUCUGUUGUUCUCAAAGACGUCGGUGCCAAGACACAGUUGCCUGGCCUAGUUUCAUGCGCGUUCAUUGCGGUCACGCUGUAUGUUUUUGCGCCAGUGUUCCGGCCACUGCCAGAGUCUGUCCUGGGCGUGGUGAUAAUUGUAGUACUUCUACCAAUGCUGAUCAAGUUGAAACAUUUGCGGAUGCUUUGGUUCAUCAGCCGAUUUGAUUUCGCCCUGUGGUCGCUGAGCUUCCUGAGUGUGGUUGUCUUGAACGCCUCCUAUGGACUGUUGGUCGGGAUUCUCCUGGGUCUCGUGGUAAUCUUCCUUGAGCUAAACGGGCACAAGGGUUCUCGUCUUCAGCCUGUCAAGCCUGACGUCUACGUGCCUUCGAAAGUGGCGCCACGGGCAUCGCCCGGUCUGUCCAACAUAUUUUAG